AUGCUUCAACCAAAAUCGAAAUGUUCUUUUUCUAAUUUAUCUGGUCGAAAUUCGCAAUCACCCGUACAUAUGCCAGCAAUUUAUGCGAGUGUUCAUAAUGGUGUAGAACAGACAAUUAGAUCAUCAACACGACCACAGUGGACACUCGCAUCAAAUGCAUUUCACCAGAGUUUUGAUGAUCGAAAUCAAGCAUCACCAACGAUUCUUAGUAAUUCUUGUGGUACACUUGAUGAUGCAGUAAGUAAUUUUAACAAUCAACAUUUAUAUAAUUAUAUCGAGCGUAUCUUAUCUUAUCAGUGUUUUAAUCACAGUGAGGGAGAGAGAAAGAUUGAUAAAGGUUGA